GGCCAUGAAAGGAGCCAAUGAACAAAUUGUGGUCUUGUCGUAGAAAUGACAGUCCUAUGUUGAUGAUUCUCCACAAUAAACCGCAGGAAUAAAAACUUUGCUUUGAUUUUCAAAUCGAUGCUGAUAUGAUGGGAAAUAAUUCCAGACUUGUCAAAUCGCUCUUAGAAAUUUGAUUUCUGUUGAUGCUGCGAGCUGUCGCCGAUCAGAAUGAAAAUGCCAGUGGAAUCUUAACUUUUGGCAGGUUGACUGCACCUGAAUAAGUCACCACAAUGGAGGACUACACUCCCGUCGACGAAGAUUUCCCCGGUCGUCUACUCCAUCAAGCUACUCUCUGGGACAAUGCCGAGCUUCUAGAGGAUCUUCUUGGAGGCGAACACGCUCAGUAUAUAAACAGUCAGGAUUCGUGGGGUCGAACAGCAUUGCAUGCCGCAGCUAUAACAGAGAAUUCACGAUGUCUAGGAGUCCUCUUGUCUGCAGGUGCCAAUCCAAACAUAGCCUGCGGUCCUCGAGGUCAGUAUCGAACGCCUCUACAUAUUAGCGCGGAGCAUGGACACAGUUCCAAUAUCGAGAAGCUUCUCGAGUUCAAAGUGGACUUGGGUGUUUGCGACAAGAACGGCUUCACUCCUCUGGAUAUAUCCGAGAGUAGCGAGCAUCUCAGGUGUUCCGCUUUGUUGAAAGAAGCCGAGGAGAAAUACGAACUCGAACGAGUAGCGACUCACGCCUCCUUAAGAGCAGCUUGUUUGCAAGGGGAUGCGUCAGCAGCUAAAAACAUAAUCCAGGGUCAAUCCAGCGAUUUGGAAAGCAUCGUCAACUUGGUACCAAAUGGUGCAAACACUUUACUGUUUAUUGCGUGCGAAAUGGGUCACAAGGAGAUUGUUCGGGUACUUUUGGAGCACGGUGCGGACUGCAGGAUACAUCCCGUCACCAAAUACUGCCCUUUGUAUAUAGCUUGUUAUAACGGUAAACUAGAAAUAGUCGAACUUAUUCUCCGUCAGUUUCCAAAACAAGUUCAAUCGUUAACUGUCGAAAAGUGGCUACCAAUUCACGCAGCUGUGAUCAAUGGCCACCACUCGGUCGUCGAUCUUCUGCUCAAGUUCGAAUAUCCCCAGAAUUUAUAUCAAAGGUAUAAAGAUCCCUCUGGAGAAUUUGAAUAUGAAAUGCCGUUUGAUAUCAAUACGCAAGAUGUCACUGGUCAGAAUAUUCUUUAUAUCUCAAGUAUGUUAGGGAAUUACAAAAUCGUGGAAACUCUUUUAAAUUACAAAGUAAAAGCACGGAAAAUUAAAGAAGAGGAGGCGGGAAGUACGACACCGGUGCCGAUGUCGAAGCGGCGAAUAUCGAGCGGCAUUCAGAGACUCAUGUCGAGCUUAAACUUUAGGAAUAAGUCGUUCGAGAAGAAGGAUGAUAAUAUGAUUUGUCCUUUAAAUUUAGAUUUGUACUGUAAUAAUAAUACAGAAACAGCCCUACAUGUGUCAGUAAAAGCAAGACAUAUGGACGUAGUUGCAGCUUUUCUCUCAGCUGGUGCGAAUCCUAAUUUACCAGUAAAAGUUCUCUAUGAUCAGUCAGAUCCGGAAUCUAGUUAUUCUACCGUUUUAGCCAUUGCUUGUCAAAAUCGCGACGUCAAGAUUGCUGAUCUUUUACUUAAACACGGUGCAGUAGAUAAUGAGUGCAAGGCUCUGAAAAUCGCAGCACAAAAUCGCGACGAAACUUUGACCGCAAAGCUGCUUUCGAUAAAAGCACACCCCGAUUCUGAGUAUAAAAUCAAUAAAAAAGCUAUGACUGACAGCACUCAGUCGUCUCACUUUUCCGCUCUCUCCACUUUCGGUAAUGUCACCUACUCGACGCUAUUUCCCAAUGUUCCCACGAUGAUUAAUUGGCACAAUCAGCAGUGUCGACUCUCUCAAAUCAGGGCUCAAUGGUUCAUAGACGCAGUUCUGCAUGUCAAUAAAAAGCUCAGCGCAAAAAAUAACGAUCUGGUGCUCUACGCAAUUACAAGGAUAGAUAUCUCACACAAUUCUAUAACAUCCGUACCCUCGAUCGUCUUCUACCUUCAAAGUUUGAAGUACCUGAACAUGGCUCGUAAUAAAAUAGACACACUAACGGCAGAUUCAAAAAAUCCUAAAGAUGAACUCUGUCCAGUUUUGGAAGAGAUGUUUCUGCAGGAUAACCGUUUAGAGCAAUUGCCAGAAUUUCUCAUGAACUGUCCUGCUCUAGAAAUUCUGGACGUUUCUAACAAUAAACUUCAAUGCCUUCCAAACAAUUUAUGGAGAGCGCCAAAGUUAAAGGAAUUGAACGCAUCCUUUAAUCUUCUACGCGAUCUGCCCAGCGAAGUGUCUCAAAAUAUCGAGAAAAAAUCGGAACGAGAAGAUGCACUGGGUAACAGUCCCAGCUUCCGCAAUUUAGCUGCACAAAUUGAUUUUUCUCGGGAAGACUCUUCCGACUCGAUGGAUUCCUUUACAAAAAUCGCUAACGCCCGGGUCAUAGAAAUGGAACGUCCUCACGUUUGGACCAAGUCCGUGCAAAUUUCAGAAAAGAUUUCUGAUGAUACGGAGCCUGGAGCACGUUCCGUUCUUUCUUCGCUAAAUUUAGCGCACAACUUGUUCAACAGUAUCCCCGUAGCUCUACCAUGUUUGGCAGUGAGUUUAGUAAGAUUGAACAUGGCUUAUAAUUCAUUGAGAUCAAUGAGUCACAUUACGUCGUAUCCAGCGAGUUUGAAGCAACUGGAUCUAUCCAACAAUCAGAUUUCGUGCUGGCCAAGUUUGCCCCAAGUCGAUGCAGAUGCAGAUUCAAUGGAGCAAGCAACCACUGCUUGUUACUGUCCCGCCUCGAACAUUCAAUCGCCAAUUGUUCCCAACAAUAGGCAUACUGCAACAUCGUUGCGUGAUGUUGUACUCAUGUCUGUCUGUAUUCACAGACGUCACUUAAGGUUAGAAAGCUUAAGAACGCUCGUUUUAGCGAACAAUUUGCUAACCAGAAUUCAACUAACUUCUGUUGACGAUGGAGAAGUUCCUAACGUCGAGGAGGAAAACGGCGAUAAAAGCACGAGAGUGGCACAGUCCGGUUCAAAGUUGUACCUCCUUUUUCCUAACGUUAGCAUGUUGGAUGUCAGCAGCAAUCUUCUCAAAGAAAUCCCACACAAUAUUUACGAGCUCAGCAACCUUUCUGUCUUGAAUGUAAGUGGCAACGCCGAUAUUGUAGAACUACCACCUCAGAUGGGACUCCUUUCGAGAUUGUGGAAUCUGAACACUCAAGGGUGCAAACUGCAAGAACCUCUGAAAACGAUGAUAGAGUCAAAGAAAUACAAAACCAUGGACGUCAUUGGUUAUCUAAAGUCGAUUCUGGAAGAUGCGAAACCCUAUGCAAGAAUGAAGCUCAUGAUUGUUGGUAUUCAAGGCAUCGGGAAAACGAGUUUGCUAGAACAACUAAGACAAGAGGGAGAAGUGCCCAAUAAGAAGAAAUCAGCUGAUCACUGGGCGAAGCGAAUGGGGAACAAGAAUAUAAACGCUAAAACCGCUCGAGGUACGACAAUAUCAACCGUUGGUGUUGAUAUUGGUGACUGGAUGUACGAGAAAAAAGUCCGAGGUCAAUCCUCUCACGGGGCUGUUUAUUUCCGAACUUGGGAUUUCGGUGGUCAGAAAGAAUACUACGCAACUCAUCAGUAUUUCCUUUCUAAGCGUAGCCUUUAUCUAGUUGUUUGGAAAAUCACAGACGGCUUUAAGGGCGUCGCCGAGAUUUUUCAGUGGCUCGUGAACAUACAGAGCAGAGCACCAAAUUCUCCGGUCAUUAUCGUCGGGACUCAUUACGAUAUUUCUAAUGAACAGAGUGAAGUCUUACAGCAGCAUAUUCGAGACAAGUUUAUCAACGUCGUCGAUGCUGAGAAAUGUGGACUUCCCAGGGUCAUGGAGACGAUAGAAGUUAGCUGUAAAACAAGGCAUAAUAUAAAAAUGCUCUGCAAUUUGAUUUACGACGUGGUGUUCAGUCUCAGAUCACCUGGAAGUAAAGAACUACUCCUAGAACAACGAGUUCCUGCGAGUUACCUUGCUCUCGAAGAUGUUGUGGUGCAGCUUGCUCAUGACAGAAGACUUUCUGGUGCAGAUCCAGUUCUCAGAGCGGAUCAGUAUUACGCCGGGGUUCAAAAUGAACUUACAAAACUACGUCGAUCGUUCAGAGACCCUGCGGAACUUCAUCAGGCUACAUUGUUCUUACACGAGAAUGGUAUCAUUCUCCAUUAUGAUGACGCUACUCUCAAGGAUCUGUACUUUCUGGAUCCCCAGUGGCUCUGCGACAUGCUUGCUCAUGUUGUAACCAUCAGAGAGAUUAACCCCUUUGCUCGGUCCGGCGUCAUGAAGUUGGACGAUAUUCAACAUGUAUUUAAAUCUUCAACUAUGUCGACUGUUGAUACUCAAGGAUACAUUGUUAGUCUUCUAAAUAAAUUCGAAGUCGCGUUAACUUGGGAUUAUCGAACCUUGCUAAUACCAUCACUCUUGCCAACAGAGGAGGAUAUUUUAAGAAACAAUCAAAUCAUUAAAAUUCCGGUGAAAACUCGAGGCUGGCACACUAGAUCGAAGAAGAUAAUCACAUCUCCCAUGUUUCCUUUUCCAAAUUCUGGUAGUACAGAAAAAGCAAAUCUUGAAUGCUCCUACUUGACGUCCAGACCACAGUCAGAUUGUUCAAUCACGAGAUUGCUUUUGAUGUCUUAUUUUCCAAGUGGAUUCUGGUCUAGACUCAUCACCAGAAUUUUGGCAGAUGAAGCCAUUGUAGAUGUUGUGAUGUCUCUCCUAACACCUUUCAAAGAUGCAGUCGAUGAGAAAAUCUUUGCAUCAAUGCUGGAUACACAUGCCGAGUGGAUAUUGUGGCAGACUGGACUAGAACUUCGCUAUGCAGGUGUAUCACUCCUGCGUUUAAAAGAAGUUAACUACAAUUUGAAGAACUCUCCCUACGAUUAUAGACAGUACAAAUUUAAACUAAAACAGGAUGGAAUUUGGUGCACGGUUGAUUUGAAGAACAGUGCGAUUCUUGAGAUCUGGUUCCCACUCGAUACUCUUGUCGUGAAACAACCAAUUGCUUCUGAUUCUGCCGAUGAAGAGCCGAUAGGAUACCAAGCAAUUGUGGUAGAUCCUCAACCAGAGAGCAUGCCACAGCUUUUGGCUCUCAUUGUUGAUCACAUCGAUAUUCUUCUCGAGGAUUGGUAUCCCACCUUAGGAACUCGAUUUGUUCACACUUCGGAGGGAAAAUUGCUAGUCACUAGAUUAAUUCCUUGUCCACGGUGUUUGCUAAAUAAUGGGGAGAGCGACAAUGAGGGUGGUGAUCAGGAAAAUGAAGAGAUUCAAAGGUACUAUCUGAACAGGGAAAGGCAGAGUCAGGAUAGCUACAAGUCUGACGGUGAUAGUGGUGUGGGACAUGAUGAUAGUUCAACAUCGAGUAGAAUGCCAUCAUUCGAGGGAAAUCCAGAUGUCUCCAAGCAUUUUCUUCAAUCCGAGGGAACACUUGCCUACUCUUGGAUGGUCGAGGAAUGCAUCUUAUCGGCAUAUAGCAAUAAAACCAUUAGCUGUCCGAAACACUCAGAUAUACCCUUAUCACACGUAGCUCCUGACAUCAUUUUCAUGGAUCUCGGUUCAAAAAAUUUAAUAAAAUCUGAUGAAAUUAAAAGAGGAAAAAUGCUAGGACGAGGUGCUUUCGGUUUCGUAUUUAAAGGCACUUGUCGUCUGCCUGGCACACAUAUCAGGGCGGAUGUGGCCAUGAAGAUGCUGCAACCAGUUCCCCCAGGUCCAAAUUCCAAGCAGUCAGCAGUUCUGGCUUACAAAGCAGCCCAAAGUAAAUGGGAUCGAGAUCCGCUACAAUACGCUUGCAAAGCUUACUGUACGGCCAGACAGGAAUUAAAUAUACUUUUGACUUUAAAACACGCUAAUAUCGUACCUCUGGUAGGCAUUGUCAUUAGUCCACUAGCUCUUGUUCUCGAUUUGGCACCUGAAGGGGCACUUGAUAACGUACUGAAAAAUUACAGACGAUCUGGUGCAAAACUGGAUCCCUACACGUUGCAGGCUAUCAUUCUACAAGUAGCAAAAGCCGUGGAGUAUCUUCACCAGCAGCAUGUAAUUUACAGGGAUUUGAAAUCGGAAAAUGUUCUAGUCUGGCAAAUUCCUUUACCGUUUCAAGACCAUCCAGAUCACCCUGUGCAUGUUAAGGUGGCCGAUUAUGGUAUAUCGAGACAGACUCUGCCAUCUGGUGCUAAAGGUUUUGGAGGAACGGAAGGCUUCAUGGCGCCGGAGAUAAUCAAGUAUAAUGGCGAGGAAGAAUAUACAGAGAAAGUGGAUUCCUUUUCAUUCGGAAUGUUUAUUUAUGAAUUGAUAACCCUGAGACAGCCAUUCGAAGGACACGAGGCGGUUAAGGAGUGCAUUCUUGAAGGCGGAAGACCGCCCUUAACUUACAGGGACUUGUUGCAUCCCUGUUAUGCUCUCGAUUUGAUGGUCAUCUGCUGGGCUCAAAAUCCAAAGGAUCGACCAACUGCAAGUCAAAUCGUUUCCAUUGCGUCCGCUCCCGAAUUCGUUCAUCUGAUCGACGUAACUCUUUUGGCAGAGAGAACUAGAGUGACUGCGAUCACGAUGUCCAGCAGACCAUUGGAAGAAAAUAUAAUUGGUGACGAAAUAUGGCUUGGUCACAAUAAUGGCGAAAUUGAUGUUCUGCUUGGCACUCAGAAAGGAUGGCUGCAACAUGUGAGAAUAGAUACUCCAGUGAUACCAUUGGCAAUGUGUGGAGUGGAUGGUUACAUUUGGAUUGGCGAUAAUGCGGGGCAGAUUCAUGUUUACCUUGGCACAAACUUUGCUUGUGUUGGCAGCUAUUAUCUCGAAUCUGAUCACGACAAAGACUCAAAGGUUGUGGGAUUGAUUCACCUGGAACAGAUGAAGCAAUUUGCGGUGGCGCUCUACAGUGGAAAAAUAUUUUUGAUAUCAAAUUCUUUCACUCAGAUGAAAAAGACUGAAAUCGUUGGAGAGUCCAAGGAUAAUACAAAGACCUACUCUCUUGCAGUUGUGUACAAGAAGCGACGCAUUGUGGAAUUGUGGGUUGGUCAAAGUUUUGGGAGAAUAACUGUUUAUAUAUUAAAAGACGGAAACUUGAUAGACACUGUGGAGGCGUAUCACGUUCCAGAAGAGGCAGCUGGCAAAAAUAUGUUUGCAACUUACGUCUUAAGCGCAGAGAAUUCAGUGUUGUCGUAUACUUAUCCAGGAUGUAUUGUUUAUCAGUGGGAUAUGGAUUGUAAGCAGAUAGUCAAUAAGCUCGACAUGUCGAAACUGGUGCCUUGCUCCGAGAGUUUGAAGUCGAUCUCGAUAGAGGAAAAUCUAACGUCUGAAAAGUGCCAGAUUACAGCUUUUGAGACCUGUAUGAAUCAACUUUAUAUUGGAACUACCUGGGGAUGUAUUGCCGUUGCUGAGUGUAAUUCACUCAGACCAAUUACGGUAUUCAGACCUUUUGAGGGUGAAGUCUGUCAAAUUGUUUCUUUCAAAUCUACGAACAAAAAAAGAAUCGUUUUGGCGACUGUAGGUCAAGGAUAUAGAAGUUUAAUUUCAAGGUACACUGAUUCUCCGGUUGAUAGUUUAGAGGCGGAAGAUUUGAGGCAUAAUAUGUACAGUCUCCUAUGGAGAUCAGAACACUGGUCUGCUGCUUAAGUCUUGCCUUUGUGAUCCGAUUAUGAAUCGAAAGUGAGAACAAAAUAUAGUUUUAGGAAAGAUAUUAAGCCUUUUCAUGUUUUUCAGUCGUUUUAUGUUGUUUUUUUUUGUGUGGUUCCUUACUAUUUAGAAGACUUCCAUUUAGUUAAAGUUCAAGUUUUAUGUAACACUAGUAUGGUUUCCUCGCUUUUCCGUGUGUGUAUUUGAGCAUCUUUUCGCUGUUCUUAAAUUAUUCACCAAAUACAGGGCGCAAGACAAUUCUAAACUUCAAGAUUAUCAUGAAUUAUUUUGUUUUAUAACUCUGAACCUCUGAAAUCAAUGUGUCCGUACAGUAUAAUUCUACUGUAGCAUUAUGAAAAAUAUUUUGCAUUCUCACUUUAUAUUCAUCGUCCUUGAACAAUUAAAAAAAGUAAGCUCGUCCACUCGACAUUUUAUAUAUUGCCUUAUCGACGAUUUUCUGUUUGAAUUGUCGUGUAAUCGACAUUGUGAAGAUUACAUGCUUAUUUUUAAAACAGGAAUAGAUAACAACAAAAUGUACUAGCAUUAUGCAAUAAUUUAUCAUAUAUACUGAUUCAAUGAUGAGUCCAAAGAUAUAGUCAGUAGACAUAAUUUUUUUAACAGCCCGAAAAACGAGGUGCAUUAGGUAUUCAUUGUUCAUGAGAGCAGUGACAGUGGAAGGGGAAUUUAUUUUAUUAUAAUUUAUAAUAAUUUUUAUACACCUUUUAAUAGAAUAUAAAAUCACGUUUCAUUGUAUUUUACAGAUAUAUUUAGGAGCUUUUUGUAUUCAAUAGAAUCUAGUACUUAGAGAAUACGUUAGUUUAAGCUUUUUUGCUAAACACAUUAAAUUGAUAUCAUUUUUAACUCAUGAUCUCUUUAAAUAUUUAGGGUAAUUCACAACUUACAGCAAUGUUAAAAUUAUAGUGUUGAUUUUAAUAAUAAGAAUAAUAUUAAUAAAUAAAAGAGACUUAGUGAGGAUAAGUAACUAAUUAGGUUUUAAGGCACUGUUUACAAGAGACACGUUAUAACGUUAUUGCUGUUCUAAAAUCGAAAACGACCCUGCCGAAAACUAAGGAAAUUAAUUUAAAAUAAUGAAAUAAAGAUAAAAAAGUACUUUUACUCACAAUAAAAUACUAUUUUACUUCAUCAAGUUCUGUUAAAAGUUCAAUUUUGUAAUCGAUGAGAGUAUCUUCGCCUUGGUACAGAAAGUAGCCUUUGAACAAAUUUCCUUUUAGCAUAUGAGGAAACCAAAUGCGAGUAUCUACUUUCAUUUCGCUGAAAGGAAUUUCCUCUGUGCUAUACCAUUUUGGUAGCAUUUCUAUAAAAUGAUUAAUAACACUAUAUCAUUCAUCAUCUCUUUACAUCUUUUAGUAUUUAAUUACAAUGUUAGACAUAAGGCAUCACUUGCGUCCUGAUGAGAUUAGACCGAUAUUGUGAUAUGUGUAGGGUAUUCGGCUUUUAGCUAAACUUUCGACUAUACCCUGGGCCAAAAUGACCCAUGACGUUUGUUUUUUCACAAUAAUAUUAUUUUAUCAUAUUCAGCAAUGUUUCAAGUGUAUCCGACAAUUUUUUUCCUGAAAUCGGUUUGAUAGUUUUCAAAUGCACUCAUUAAAAAAAACGAUAGUCAAUUUGACCCAGUGUGUAUUACAUGAAAAUUGAGUGCGGCGAGUAGUCGAAAGGCUAAACAUCCUUCAUGCAAGUGGUGCACAAAUAUUUAUAAAAAGAUUUCUAAUAAUUACCUUCGGACUCCGUUAUGUCUCCGUUGUAGGUAUAAGUGUCAAAAACGUGAACUAUUAAAAGUGUAUUCUUCUCUCUUCCAUCAAA